AUGUGCUCUGCCCGCUCCCUCUCUUCCUCCUCUAGCUCGGACAUUACUGAGCCCAUCUCUCCUCAGCCUCAGCAGUGUUUCUCCGGCAUGACCUUCCCCAUUGCUGAGAUCCUGGCCAACAAUGUUUUCUGUCUCCUCGACAACCACAAGGACGAUCGCAAGCGGAUCUCCGCCCGUGCCUUCGGUAACUGGAUCAAGGAUUUGCCCAAUCUCCUGGGCGAUCCGUGGACAUACUCGCAACAUCUCUAUUGCCUCUGCGUAGGGCCAUUGCCUUCCAUUCCUUACUCCUGCCGUCAUCUGUUCGGGACUCUGUCAUCGCUGGGGAGGGGUCCUGUGUUUGAGCACAAGCAUGGGAGUCCUAUCACGCUCUUGCCUGUUCCCGACGGCGAGACUGAGCAGGGGGGCGCUAUGGACUUCCUUCAUGACCAUCAUGACCAGCACGAUGCCGAAGCAGAGAUGGAGGGCAAGUCAGUGCGGCGUUGCAAGGGCAAGGGCACCACAACGACAUCCCCGACGAGUCUGUCGUCCGCGCAUGACGUUACCCUCCAGACGCUCGCACAAGCCUCUCAAGCGUUGGCCCGCGAGAUCCCCCGCACUUCGCGAUACUCGGCCACCACACCAAUGCCCACCACUCCCGAUAAGACGUCGAAGUGGAAGCUGUCCUUCAAGAAGAACAACGCCAACGCCACUGCUGGUGCAACGUCGUUGCUCGCAGCUGAAGAUGGCCCCAGCCUUCCUGACAUACCAAGUUCAGGUGGCAAGCAGAUGUCUAUGAUCGCAAGCAACGUCACGAAUCUACUCAUGAGCCUGAAUGCUCCUCCUGCACCUUCUGCCGCGUCACCGCAUGCUAUCCUCCCGAGCGAGACCGCGACCGUGACCGCAAAUUCGGGCCUUGGUGAAGAUGAUGGUAUGAUUCGUGGAACCGUGUGCAUGGGGUCCCUCCUCCGGCUCUCCGUUCUGGUCGUCGCAAGCUCGCGGAAGUCCGAACGACGCUAUAGCGGACCCAACGGCAACACCGAGGACAAAAGAUCCGAGCACGGGAUCUCGCCGUCCAGCACCCGGAGCGGGCGACUGCUGGUGUCAAGCGCGAGUUCGAUGGCGUCCAGCAACUGGGGCAGCUUGGAGGGUGCUCGUUCUGCCACGAAUGGGUUCCUUAUCCUCCGCUAG